CAGGCCUUCCUCGAUGCUGUCGCUCUACUACACAGUAGAUGCAGAAACAACAAGAGUGCGAACUAUCGGCAACCGUUCUCUGGUACGCGGGUAAUGUAACGUGUAACGAAUUUUACGGUAAUGUAUCCCUACCUCCAGCAUGGAUCGUCAUCGAGCGCACUAGAACCGGGAUUUGGGUCGAAUACAUUCCACUUCGGGUCCCCCAUUUAGCCUGUCCCCCUCAUAGCGUGUGGUUACGGCUUCGUGGGCUCGUAUUUCCAGCUGUAGCUUCCCCUCGUAACGUCGUUUUCCUCCAACUUCAAUCGACAACCCCCACCUUCGUCUCUCCAAGUUGCAUCAUCGCCAACUACAGCAAGGGGAUUCGAGCUGCUUCCCGUCAUCUCAACCGGGAAACCAGCUCUUUGCGUCCAAUAAUAACCAAUUAACCAACGUCCUUUCCAAACCGCGAAAACGGCGUCCUCCAGCGACUUGGGGUCCGCGGCCGGUGGUGCGCGCGCUACCUCUCCCACCUCGCCAACGUCGCCCACUAGCCCGGUCAGCCCAACGGGGUCUCAGUCAGAUAAAGCAAAGGCGGCGGCGGCGGCGGCUGCCCGUCUGCACCGGCCCAUCAUGCAGUCUCUACCGGACACGCGACAACAGUCGUUUGAUGAGAUUUACGGUCCGCCCGAGAACUUCUUGGAAAUCGAGGUCCGCAACCCCCGAACCCACGGCAUCGGCCGCCACAUGUACACCGACUACGAGAUUGUAUGUCGCACCAACAUCCCCGCCUUCAAGCUGCGGCAGUCGACAGUGCGCCGCCGCUAUUCGGACUUUGAGUACUUCCGCGACAUCCUUGAGCGGGAGAGCGCCCGCGUGACCAUUCCCCCGCUUCCCGGCAAGGUGUUCACCAACCGGUUUAGCGACGAUGUGAUCGAGGGCCGCAGGGCGGGUUUGGAGAAGUUCCUCAAGAUCGUCGUGGGGCACCCGCUGUUGCAAACAGGGAGUAAAGUGCUAGCUGCUUUUGUGCAGGACCCCAACUGGGAUCGUAACGCAUGGUGACUCCUCUUCCGCGAAAGCUGGGGCGUAGGAACCCCGCGCCUGCGCUUGGGCAGCGCCCCUUCGUCUAUAUCGUCCACCUCCACAUCAACCUUGUCUUCUGCCUUUUCUUCUUCGUUAGCCAGUAAUAACCAUAGCGUUGUUGUCCUCCACAAUACCAAUACUAGUAACUAUACCACACCAUCGUCAUCAUCAUCGCCGCAACAAUCGCAACGGGGCCACCAGUCACAAUCGACGAUGCGAACGCCGAGAAAACUGCGCAAACGUCCUCCGCGGGGUUAUGCCGAGACGCAAGCUUUGUAUAAGCUGGCGGUGGGUGAUGGUGGCGAGGAGUCGUGAUUAUGGCGAUGGAUGACAGUUUGCCGAAGUUUGCCCGGAAGCGAAAAAGGUUGAAAUGAAGGGCGUUUUCCGUGUUUGUGUUUGUGAGUAACAUGAGCUGGGCGGACAGGAAGUAUGGGCGGGCCAUCGAUGGAGAGAGAUGUUCAAAAGUUUGUCUGUCGAAUGACUGUUUGAGAGUAUACAUGGAUUGUAGGUCAGCGACAUUAUGGAAGGUGUUGAUCAUGUCAGCCGUCGCGAAUAAAUAUCCUCGGUUCUAUUUCAGUGCCUUGAAUGGAAGUAUAAGGUACAGCCUGAUUACAAAACCCGGCCGAACAUGAAAAGGAUGAUGAUCGAAAUAUCCCUGGUUCAAGUCACUUUAUGUCUAUUCCCU